AUGAUAUCUCAACUCUAUGAGACAUCUCCUGGCCUAUUGGCUGUGGGAGUUGCAUUAUCAUUGGCCACUAUGGUCGUUUUCACUUUUCGCUUAUGGGGUGAAUUCGUUGGAAAUGCCAUCCUCAGCACGUUCAAUGGCGGUGUCUUGUCAACGGGACGAGCGGCUCCUGGUCCUAAGUGGCAGUGGCCUAAUGGCCAGUUUGCAGACAAAUUCUUGAAUGGCGCUGCAAGAUCAGAAGAAUGGAGAAAAUACGGGCCUGUUUACAGGAUUUGGGCAGGUCCUAAGCCAGAGAUUGUACUCACGACUCCCGAAGAUCUUAAAGUUUUCCAUACAGACUCUGAUAAACACUUCAAGCCUAAAGAUGGCAACUUUGGCUGGUUUUUUGACCAAGUUCUGGGCCGUUGUGUUGGCCUUCUUUCACUGGAUGAAUGGAAAAAUAUGCGACGAGUUGUUGAUCCCUCCUUUACUCACGGCGCUACUGUUAAACGUAUUAGUGUCACAGAAGCAGAUGCCAAAAGUUUUGUGGAAAACUUGCAUACAAUUUCGAAUGAGGGAGCUGAGGUAGCAAAAGCCAAAGGCCGGUUUACUGUUCCUGCUAUGGCAGCAUUCAUGAAGUUUCCCUUCAUUUUUACAGCCGAGGUUGUCUACGGAAAUAUGAAUGAAGCUGAGAAAGAAGAACUCUGGGCGAUUGCAGAGAAGCGUCAGGCACUGUUGCCUUUCUUUUUUAAGGGGAGCUUCUAUCGUACCUCGUACUUGAAAUGGUUUGACCGACCAGCCUACAACCAGCUUCAGGAAUUUUUAAAUUCUUGGGCCGAAUUCAAUACUCGUAUGGCUAGGUCUCGACGAGAACAAGCUCUUCCUGUUCCGAUUGUUAAAUACUGGGACGAGUAUCUCCAAGGAAAUAUUACUUUGGAACAGGUAACACAUACUCUGGAUGAAAUGCUCUUUGCGAACCUUGAUGUAACCACCCACGUCCUUACAUGGGCCAUCACUCUUAUCGCCGAUCAUGAAGGUGCUAAGAAAGAGCUUCGAGAAGAGAUUGAAGCUCAUAAAGACAAUCUUCAAGAGUAUAUUACCAACGUCAAUACUCACCUGCACCGAUGCUACUAUGAAUCUUUACGAUUGAGGCCUAUCGCAGUCUUCAGUAUCGGUGAGAGCGCUCCAAGUGUUAAGAACUUCCGUGGUAUACACGUAAAGCCAAAUACUAUGGUGCUUGUGGACACAUACGCUAUCAACGUUCGCAAUCCAUUCUGGGGCCCCAACAGUGAAGAAUAUGACCCGAGUCGAUUCAAGAACGUCAAAUCCACAGAUUUACGGUACAACCUCUUCGUUUUUGGAUUCGGUUACAGAAAAUGCUUAGGGCAGUACUUGGCAGGACACAUGGUGAAAGCUAUCCUUGUACACCUGUUCUCUCAGUACGAAGCCGUUAUCAUCGAUGGAAGGAAAGGAAAAUCCGAUUACGAUAUUGAUAAAACCACCUGGGUUCCCGUCGCGGAUGUUACCGUCGAGCUAACUAAGCUGCAGUAA